UUUCUGGUGUAUGUGUGCAUGCCCAUGUACUUCCUGCCACCCCUGCAUAAUUCAGUGCCCCACUUGGGCCACCCCAGUCAAAGAAGUGUGGACACGCCCCUGGUUUCAGAGGAAUGUUACGCUUUUUAUUUCACUACGCUGAUUCGAUAACUGAAGUUAUCGCUGUACACAUUUAUAUUAACGAUACAAAAUUUAGUAAACAAAUAAAUGAAUUGUUGACCAUUAGUGCAACCAUUAGAAUUUCGGGAAAUGGCGGGGAAAAGUCCGGACUAACAUACAGUUUAAUAGGGCUGUAAAACAGGAUAAAGUGUAUACAACUGAUAAACCGGACAACAUGUUUAGUUUGGUGGAGGAAACGGAAAUGGACGGACAUGAAUCGUGCCGGGGGAACAGUUAUUCAUAUCGACCAGGUAAGAGGUCGAUUCGUCCCGCCUGCUGCACGGUGUCCUGUCCUGGCAGUGUCCGCGACGUAAAGAAAAACGCUGUCCUGCAGCGAGCUGAAGGAGAACUGGACCAAGCUAGCCACAGUUAGCCACCGGAAAACGUUUGCACGGGAUUUCCUUCAAAAUAAAAGCAACAACAUGCCCGAAGAGACGGAGGCCCACCGUAGACACAAGCAACCGAACCCAGUUUACUGUGCCCGGGCUAUCUGAUACAGAAGUGUACGGUAUCUGCGGUGACUUGACGGUGAUGGUGAGCGGAGAGCUGGUGACUGUGCAUCUCAGGGCUUAAACUGAAGAGGAUACAUGGAGAUCUCGGACAGCUGGCAGGAACAUCCGUCUGGUUCGUGCACGACGUGUUCGCUCUGCAGUCUGCAGAUACCUGACGCUCCGCCUGCCUCCACCUGAGCCAGCUGCAUCAUGGGAGGCUCCACCUCCUCUCUCGCCGAGGAGGUCGAGGGCGACGCGCCCCGGGGUGCAGCUCUGCCCCCCUCCCCCAUCAUGGGAUGUCUGAGGAGCAGCCAAAGCACCUCCAUCCCUCGGCAGCUUCCCAGACCCAGCAGGCACCGAGAGCGCAGCUUUUCCUCCGGGUCGAUGCCCCUGCAGAGGAGCCAGUGGGCUUGUGGCUGCUGCACUUUCCUUAAUGCUGCCGGCGCCCCCCGCUGCUCCAUCUGCGAAGCCCCUCGGCGAACGUCCGACGCCCGCUGGAUGUGGCUCGGGCCCAGCGGGGAGGACAGUCGUUGGUCCUGUCCACGCUGUACGCUGGCCAACUCCCCCGGCAGCCCGGCCUGCUCUCUGUGUGGUUAUGUCGGAGCUCGGGGCCGACCCCGGGCCUCCUCUGAAGACCAGCCCCGGCCCCAGCGCUCCAGCAGCUGCUCGGGCCCCCUGAGGACGCCAUUGACUGAGCCGUGCAGGCUGCAGAAUGAAAACCAGGCCGCAGACGCAGAUAAAAACAACGUGACUUGGGACUGUUUGAGGUGCACUCUGCAGAACACCCCUACCUCCAUGUCCUGCUCUGCUUGUGGUGGGCCACGCAAACUGUCUCUGCCCCAGAUCCCUGCUGACGCCUUGCUGGUGCCUGAAGUCUGCGAUCAGGCAGGAGGGCAGCAGCCACACUGUGUGGCGGGGCCGCUCUCUCUUUCCAUAUCAACACGAGGAGAAUGUUUGCCAGUGGAAGCUUCAUAUCCACACACAAGCUCCUCGGUGCUCAGCGUGGCGUCUUCAGGUCAGAAUAAUCCUGUGCCCUGCAGUCGCAGAGAAGUUCCCCCUCCAGACGUCUGCCUCAGGCAAACACACACCAUAAGUCCUUCUCCGUCGACACUCGCCGUUUCACAUCUGUCCGUCCAAUCAGAGCUCCCGUCCAGUCGGCGGCUCAGCAUCCUGAAGGAGGAAGUGUCUCCGCUGUCCCCUGCGCCAGGCGCCUCCGCGUGGUUUCCAGCAGGUGUCGUCCCCGUUAACAGGACAGAGGACUGGUCGUGUCCUGCGUGCACCCUCAUUAACAAGGUCAAAGCCAAACACUGCCUGGCCUGCCACACUCCCCAGCAACCCGUCACUCAGCUGAAACCAGCAGCCCAGUCCCCAAAGAGGAAGGAGAGCACGCUGGUGGAGGUGCUGCGACAGAGCGACGAAGGAGAGGCCAAGCAGCUGUGGGAGAACAUCGUCAGCUUCUGCAGAGAGAACGCAGUGACGUUCGUGGAUGACAGCUUCCCUCCCGGGCCAAAGUCUGUAGGCUUCCCAGUGGACGACAGUGUCCAGCACCGUGUCAAAAAGUGGCUUCGUCCUCAAGAAAUCAACUGCUGUAAUUUGAGAGAGCGUGCGGUAAAGUGGACUGUUUUCCGCACGCCUCGCCCCUCUGACAUCCUGCAAGGACUUCUGGGUAACUGCUGGUUCCUGAGUGCCUUGGCUGUUCUGGCCGAGCGUCCCGAGCUGGUGGAGAAAGUGAUGGUGACUCGCUCGCUGUGUCCAGAGGGAGCCUAUCAGGUGCGUCUGUGCAAAGACGGCUCGUGGACCACAGUGCUGGUGGACGACAUGCUGCCGUGUGACGAGAGCUGCCACCUCCUCUUCUCUCAGGCCCAGCGGAAGCAGCUCUGGGUUGCUCUGAUUGAAAAAGCGCUGGCCAAGCUCCACGGUUCCUACUUUGCCCUGCAGGCAGGUCGUGCCAUCGAGGGCCUGUCCACGCUGACCGGGGCCCCCUGCGAGUCGCUGGCCCUCCAGCUCAGUGCCACCAACCCCAAGGAGGAACCCAUUGACACAGACCUCAUCUGGGCCAAAAUGCUGAGCUCCAAAGAAGCCGGUUUCCUGAUGGGGGCAUCUUGUGGAGGCGGUAACAUGAAGGUGGACGACUCUGAGUACGAGUCCCUGGGUCUACGUCCACGACACGCCUACUCUGUCCUCGAUGUGAGAGACGUUGACGGUCACAGGUUACUGCAGCUGAGGAACCCGUGGGGUCGCUUCUCCUGGACUGGACCCUGGGCGGACGACUGGCCAAACUGGCCUCCACACCUGAAGAGGGAGCUCUGCGCCCAUCGAGCUGAGGACGGCCUGUUCUGGAUGGACUUCUGGGAGUUCAUCAGGUACUUUGACUCGGUGGAUAUCUGUAAGAUUCAUUCAGACUGGCAGGAGGUUCGAGUACCAGGUGUUUUCCCUCGAGGGGCCGACGUCCCGGUGACGGUGACGUCCAUCACGGUGCUGGAGCGAACGGCCAUGGAGCUGGUUUUAUUCCAGCAGGGCAGCAGGCGAUGGGACACGGCAGAGAGCCACCUGCUGGACUUGUGUGUGUUGGUGUUUCGGGUCUCCUUCGACAGCUCAGGUGCUCUGGCGUUGGGUCGCCUGCUGGCUCACAGCCGGCGCUCGGUGAGGAGGUUUGUGGGCUGCGACGUCAUGCUGGAGCCUGGCGAAUAUGCUGUGCUGUGCUGCGCUUUUAACCACUGGCACACCAGAGUCACAGAGGGGACAACAAGAUCGGAGGUGCCAGGUUACAUGCUGGCAGUCUACAGCUCCAGACUGGUGAUGGUGGAGCAGGUAACGGCCUCCAACACGACCAUCGCCGACGCCAUCAUCCAGCUGACGGAAACUAAAGGAGAGAGACACGAGGGUCGAGAGGGGAUGACAUGUUACUACCUGACCCACGGCUGGGCGGGGCUCAUCGUCAUGGUGGAAAACAGACACCCCAGACAUCACCUCCAUGUGUCCUGCGACUGCAGCGACAGCUUCAACGUGGUGUCGACGCGCAGCAGCCUCAAAGCCAUCGACAGCAUCCCUCCUCUGCACAGACAGGUGCUUGUGGUUUUGUCUCAGCUGGAGGGGAACGCUGGAUUCUCCAUUACACACAGACUGGCUCAUCGUAAGGCCGUCCAGGCUUCUCUGGGAAACUGGAGUCCCUCGAAGGCAACACACAGUCCAGCUCUGAGCCCGGAGAUGGCCGGUCUGCAUCGGCCUCGACCCCUCUGACUGCUGACCGGGAACAAUCCGCCCAAAGACGUGUUUUCUCAUCGAGCCGUCCAGCGUGCGUCUCUGUGUCGUCUGACUGUUGCUUUGACGGAAAACAGGCAUGUUUGCCAUAAAUGUUGGACUGUUCUGCAAACAGAUGAUCAUAUUUAGUCUGCAGGCUGUCAGAGCUGCUCUGAGACAGAAACAAUCUCACUGGCUGAAUUAAAUCUCGUUGGGAUUUUUAUGGUUAAAUCGGGUUGAACGGUGGACAUGAGACCUCAGUCAUUUCUGUCCACCUGUCAACACCUGAGCGACGGUUUCUUCUCGUCACUAUGAAAACUAAGAUGGCUUGUCUUCACUUGAAAGACACGGUUUUGUGGACAACCUGCUGGUUUACAAAGCCAACAUUGUGCACGGUUUGAACUGACAGCUGGUUCUUUUCCUUAACUCUCUGGAGAGAAACCCGAAUGUUGGCUCACAGAUGCAAUAAGAUCCCUAAAAGAGACUCAGUCAGUAUGGAUCCACGAUGUCGAUCGAUGCUGACAGUUUGCCUCAGAGCAGCUCUGUCUCCAGUGUCCAACUCACGAAGACAUUUUCCUGCACAGGGACAUUUAGAAGAGAUCACAGGCUGGUCUUCAGGUCCAGACUGUCUUAUUGCACUGGUGGUAGAUAAGUAGAAGUUAUUCACAUAGUCGUGUCUGAACAAGCUGCCAAGCAUAUUCACAGGAACAACACGCACGUGCUGUAGUAUUACUCACCUGUACUGCAGUCUGAACACAGUGGAACAGGUAGGAGGCUCGCUGUGUCCAAGCAUUAGCACUUUAUCAACCUUAUGCUGGAUUCUCGCGUUUUACAUUAAAUGUGUGAAAAUUACACGGUGGAGUAAUAUAUUUUGUGUUCAUUCAUCUGAAACCAUCGCCAUGUUGUUACAGAAAACAUAAACUAUGCAAAUGUUUUGUCAAUUAAAACACGUGAAGCUUUUCA